UGGUUGAGCCUCACAAGCCAGCAUGGAAGGCUAUUGUAAAGAACUUUGGAAGAGAUAUUUUACUGAACAAUGAGGAGAUUGAUAGGGUGAAGCUUGGAAAAAUUGUAUUUGAAGAUGAUGCCAAAAGACGUGUUCUGAACAAGUGCACACAUCCUUUUAUACAUCGUUCCAUUUUGUGGUCCUUGCUAAGGAAUUUUUUGUCAGGACUGACAUCGAGGGUUUUGGAUUUGAAUCUUGGCAGGUGCUUCUGACUCAUAACCUCUGAUAUUUCCCAAACAGUGAAGGGGUGCAGCUGCAACACUCCUGAUUGCUUCACCACCCUACACAAACUGAGACAGACUGCUUGUACAUGUAAGGCAAAGUGUGACACUUGGCCUGUGAAUGGACCCUUCAUUUACAAUGAAUAUAUGAACUUCAUAUAUUUUGAACUGCGGUAUUAGAUAAGUAUGAUGCACGAUCCUCCCAGUAGAGAGCUCAAUUGGUAGAAUGCUGCUCUAGUAUCGUAGAGGUCAGUGGUUUGAAUCCUGUACAGGCCUGAUUUUUUUUCAGGUCUGAUUUUCGCUAUUGCAAAAAUAGCACACUCUACUUCAAGGAUCGGGCAUCAUAUGGACCCGUCAUUGUUGAGUACUGUUAGAUGAACAGAUCUUUUAAAAGUUAGAGCUUCAUAAGUCUUGUUAAUCACUGGUCAGAAUUCUUUUAAGGCUUCUUCCAUUCUAAUUGAAGAAUACACGGAUGUCAAGAUUUGUUACCCCUGCCUCCUGUAUUGUUUGACUUGACAUUAGAGAAUUCCCCUUGAGCAAUCUUUUUUGUUCACUCAUUGCCUAGUUCAACACUGCCUACAAUGUAGGCUCAAUUUAACUCAUCCAGUAUGGCUUAAAUGUAAGUUACCACCUCAUCUCGUUUCUUAUGUGAAACAUCUUGUUUCUCUUGGGAAGCAUCUUGUUUCUCUUGAGAAGCAUCUUGUUUCUCUUGAGAGGCAUCUUGUUUCUCUUGAGAAGCAUCUUGUUUUUCUUGAGAAGCAUCUUGUUUCUCUUGAGAAGCAUCUAGUUUCUCUUGAGAUGCAUCUCUUUUUCUCAAUAUGCAUUUCGUUUCUCGCAAUACGCUUCUCGUUUCUCUCAACUGAGAAUCACAGGAAUGUUUAGCAUGGAUUAUAAUUAUUAGUCCCAAUAAAUUGGGGUGCAUAUCAAAGAUAACUGCUAUUAUGCUACAGGUAGCAUGUGAUAUAUAUCUCAUGUCAAAUGUGAGAUGCUGUGGGUAUUGAUCUCACUCUCUUCAUGUCGAACAAACAAGUUGAUCUUUUGUAAGUAUGUAUAAUGCAUA